AUGGCGAACGAGAGGAGCCCAGGCGGUGGUUGUGCAGCCGUGGUGGUGACGAAACAGCAAAAUAACUGGGAGGAGAAUACGUUCAGCAUGAACCCUGGAGCCACAAUCUUCACUGCGGAAGCAGUGGCGGUGGCGGAGGCCCUCAGGUUGUACAGUCAGUCCGGUGAUGGUAGAAGACUGCUCGUUUAUAGUGAUUCUGCGAGUGUGUUGAAGGUACUAGAAGCUGCAAAAAACAAAGAUAUUAAAGACAUUGUUAAGAUGAAAAGAGGAGAAAUUGUGGCGAAAAUUAUGAAAGAAUUAUUGGUAUUUGUGUGGGUGCCUGCGCAUAGAGGAAUCGCGGGUAAUGAGAGAGCGGACGCGGCGGCCAAAAGGGCCACGGAACAAACCCCGAAUUGUGAAUACGCGUUACCGUACGAAGACAUGCUAGUGAAUCUGGUAAGGAAUGCGUGGAAAGAGUUCGCGACGGAAAUGAGAAACGAAGCGCGAUACAAAGAUGUUAAAUACUUUAGCGAAAUAGAUACGAACAAACAGCGCCGAAAACCGUGGUUUGAAAAAUUCGUUACCCAAGACAGAAGGACAAUAUCGGUGCUCAGCAGAAUAAGAGCCAACCACUACAACCUGAGCGAGUCACUGGCGAGGAAACACGUGGUGGAGGACCAUGGAUGCGACUGUAGAGAGCACGUGGAGGACCUGGCUCACGUCCUCUGGGAAUGCGAGAAGUACGAUCACAUCAGGGACGAAUUCGUAGCGAAGAUGCGAGAAAAGGGUUCAGCGGCAGACCACAAUACCAAGACCUUGUGA